GGAGGGGGCGGCGCAGAGCCGGUAAUGUGGCAGCGGUCGCGGUCGCAUGUCCGGCAGGUGGUGGAGCAGAUGGGCCUUAGACCCGCCGUGCUGUGUGGAGGAGCGCUGCUGCUCAGCUGCCUUCUCGUCCUGGCGCUCACACUCAGCUACAGUCGGGCCAAGUCUGUGGUGGUACCUGCCCGAGCGCCUGUGCGGUUCUUCCCCACGCAUGUUCCUGUCGUGGAUCUGUUUCUGGGACAGCAGGAGCAGGCUGACCUGCUGUGUGAGGGCUCAGACGUCUGCUUACUCUUCUACUAUGCCCCCUGGUGCGCGCGCUCUGUGGCUGCACGUGAGCACAUACAGCAAGUGGCACUCCGCUUGGCCGAAGAGGUUCAGUUUGUGGCGGUGAAUUGCUGGUGGAGUCAGGGAAGGUGCCGGAAGCAGAAAAACUUUUACAAAUAUCCAGUCAUGCACCUGUACUACAGGAGGUUUGGUCCUAUUGAGUAUAAGGGUCCUACUAUUGCUGAUUAUGUGGAGAGUUUUAUCAGAAGGGUUUUGACACCCCUCACAUACCUGCCCUCCCACACAGCAGUGCACAACUUUAUAUCACACCACGAGCAGGGUGUGAUUGGGUUCUUUGAGUUUAACUCCUCCCCUCAGCCGCCCGGUUAUGUUAUAUUUCUCUCAUCUGCACUACAUGCACUCAGAAGAGAUUCUCAGGGGGCAGUGCGUUUUGGUGUAGUGACGAAUCUGCAGGUGGCAGAAGCCAUUUCGGUGAGAGAGGACGACACAGUGUAUCUGCAUCGCCGUUUUAACAGUUCACUGGUGUUCCCAAGGGCAGAGAGGAACUUCACACCUGAGGCCAUCAUUGAUUGGGUGUAUGAGAACAGAGAGAAUGUCAUUCGCUGGAUUCUGCCAAUGGGAACAAAGAGCUACUCUCUAGAGGCAGAGUUGCACAAAGGACCUGCACUACUUAUGUUCCUCCCACACAAUCCUCUCACAGCCAGUCAUCAUCUGCUCUCUGAGGUAGCUGAUGUUGUGCGACGCUACCACUCCUGUUGCUGGUCGCACCUCCAGGAUGAUGGCCUCUUGCCCUCCUUACAGCCCCAUUCACGGUUUGUGUCAUCUGGGCCGGCCUGCUGCCAGUCUCUGCUGCUGCCAGGGUGGAGAUCCGAGUCUGCUACUACUAACGCUAGUGUUGGCAUCUGUGAGCUGUGUCUGGACCGCCCACUCUCGUUGUCCAAGCCUUGUCUUUGUUCUGCACUGGAACUGGAGGCAGUUCUUGACUCGUAUAUGAGUCGAGUGUCUGUUCUGGUGCCCCCUGUCUGCAGCAGUGUGCAGCACACCUACAGCCCGUUCACACGCUACAGCGCCUGCUGCAGGAGACUGCAGGUCACUGUUGCGCGCCACUGCCCCCUGCAGGCUGAUGCUCUCGCAGGCCUUCGCUGCCGCACCAACAGGACUCUCCACUUCUACCUGCUCGACUCCCAGCUGGCGUGGCCUCUGGCCCGGAAGCUUGGUGCGCUAGGCAGCCAGAGCACUCUAGGCAACCAGAGCGCCUGCACAUUCAGCACUAUUGUUGACCUGGGAGCCGAAACCCACUACGUUUUGGAGAACAUUGAGAAAGACUCACUAGAGCGCUUCAUUCUGAACUUCAGCACCCCAUACAGCACCCUCCGCAGGCACCUGGUGGGGCAAAGAGAACUACAUCCCCCACAAUCCCUCAUUCAGGAAGUGACCACGCACACUUUCAUGGACAUAGUGAUGGACCCUGAGAGGGAUGUGGUGUUGUUCUACUAUACAGGCUGGUGCGGGUUCUGCACAGUGCUGAACCAUGUACUCCUGCGGCUGGCUAUGCUUUUCCAGGGAAAUGGCACCCUCCUGGUGGCCAGGGUGAAUGUUGCCCUUAAUGAUCUUCCCUGGGAGUUCAUGGUGGACCAUCUGCCCUCUGUCCUGUUCUUCCCCAGACACAGGAAGCAAAUGAGUGUAAAGUUCCCAGAAAACACUGCUACCACUCUACCCAACUUGGUCCGUUUCAUCCUCCAGCACACCAGCCACUCUGCCCGGGUUCACGCUGCAGGGCCAAAGUCACUCCUGCAGGCGGGGUCUGUCCUGGAGGCGGAGCUUCGCGCCCUUCAGGGGGAAGUGCUCUCACUCCAGCAGGAUCGUGAACGACUCUCCAAACAGCUCACUGCUCUGUGGCAUGAGAACCGCCGUCUGGCACUCCACGCAUAUGCACUGCAGGGGCAGAAUGCCGAGCUUCAGGUCCAGAGUGGGCGUCUCCAGACACUGUACAGCGAAAAGAGCCGUCAGCUUGCGGAGGCUGUGAGGCGCUUGCAGGAGCUGGCAGCCGCCUCUCAGGACAUCCUGACUGAGAACUCUCUGCUGAAAGUCCUGCUCAGAGUUCUGAAGGAGGGGCAAGGGUGGGAGGAAGAACAGUGAGAGAGUGCAAAGCAGGAAACUUCCUGACCUCUUGGUAGUAUUUUGGGGUGGUGAGGGGCAGUGCUAUGACGACGAUUCUAGAACCUUCUGGUGGAAGCCAUUAGAAUGUUGACAGAGACUAUUACCAUUGAUCUGUUACUGCUGUUCUCUGUGGACUGACAGACAUGCUGCAUCACCUUUCAGUGUUAUGAUGCAAACAAACAGAAAAACAAAACAAAAACUCCAAUCAACAGCUUUUGUACGAUCCUCAGCUGGGCAGUAAUUCUGUCUAAAUGUGUUUGAGGUGCAAAAGCUGACCAGACAGGUCUCUUGCUCCUCUCUCUCAUUAUGUAGAAUCACAGAACAGAAUUUUUCAUUACUUUUCUUGGCUAAAGUAAUUAUUUUUCCACAGGUCCUCUGAUCACUGAGCGUAUCUGUCCUUGUGGAGCUCAGUUGUUGACUGGGCCCAUGUGCUGCCUGGUGUUUACAAUUUGUAUGGAUUAAAUAUGUUUCUUUCAUGUUUUCUGCGUGUGCUGGUGUGGUCCCUUCACUCAGACUGCAGUGCUUUGGAAGUGGUCAGAGCCCGAAGUAGUGUUUUUACAGUGAGGUCACUUGUCCAACCUCAUGUGGCGUUUCUUGCAGAAUAAUAAUAAUUAAUAAUAAAAAAACUGGGUUUAAAAUAA